CGAGAAACAGGAUGCUUGCCUAAAAAUGAUCUCAUCGGUCGAGGCGAGGAUAAGGAUUUUGUAAUGCAGUGGUUGAGGAAGCCAGCAAAUGAAGAUCCCACUCUGUACAAAAACAUUUCUCUUCUAUCCAUAGUGGGUCAUGGUGGCAUGGGCAAGACGACUCUCUUACAACACAUCUAUGAAGAUCUGAAAGAAGAAUUUGAACUGAAAAUGUGGGUUUGUGUUUCCAACGACUUUGAUGCAAAAAAGGUAAUUGCUGAUAUGUUGGAAUGUCUUAACAAGGAGAGGCCUCGUUUGGAAUCACUCGCUGUUAUUCAAGAGAGUCUUAAAGCUGUCGUGCAAUCUAAAAAGUUCAUGCUUGUUCUGGAUGACAUUUGGGAGGAAGAUAUGAGCAAAUGGGAGAAUGUGCUCUCCCCUCUAACUCGUGGAAGUUUCGGAAGUAAGAUUUUGAUAACGACUCGAAUGGAUGCAGUUGCAUCAACAAUUGCAAAGGUUAUUAAAACGAAGAUGGAAAUAUUGAGAAUAAAGGACUUGGAGGAAGAUGCGUGUUUGAAGCUACUCAACUCCCAUGCAUUUGCCGGUGUAGAGAACCUUGGUGCUCAUAAAAAAUUAACAGACAUUGCUAGUUCGAUAGUUAAAAAGCUUUCAGGCUCUCCGUUGGCCGCAAAGGUCAUUGGUGGUGUUCUCAAUUCUAACUUGAAUCAGAGCUUUUGGAUGAAAAUUUUAGAAAGUAAUGUUCUAAACAUAGAACCCGAACCUGGCCGCAAUAAUAUUUUGCCUAUCUUAAAUUUGAGUUUUAAGUUCCUCCCACAACCUUUACAAAAUUGUUUUGCAUUUUGUGGCGUAUUUCCACAAGAUCAUGAGUUUGAUAAAGAUGAUUUAGUCCGAAUGUGGAUUGCAUUGGGUUGGAAGAUAUUGGAGGAA